AUGAGAGAUACCCCUGACACAGAGAACCUCUACCCUUCAGGAGACUUAGAACAUGUCUUUUUUCCUAACGCAUGUCAAAGAGGAAAUAAUGAGCCGUCAAAUUUUAACCACGGAGGACUGCUCUAUAAGAGUGGCACAGAUGAAGACAACAAUGAGGACGAAGAAAGAGCUUCUCGGUACCAGUGGUCGAGGAAAAGCGAGUAUAUCUUGUCUGUGAUUGGCUACAGCGUGGGUGUCAUCAAUGUUUGGAGGUUCCCCUAUGUGUGCAUUCGGAACGGAGGAGGAGCGUUCUUGAUCCCCUACAUAUCAUGUCUGAUCUUGUUUGGACUACCGCUGUGUUUGCUGGAGCUUUCUAUGGGUCAGUUCCUCAACCUGAGCACGAUACACGUAUGGAACAUCUGCCCACUGUUCAGAGGUAAUUCACACUUAUCUGCCGUGUUCUGCACAAUAUACACAAAAAUCGGAGUCAAAAAGAGUUGUUUACUACACCGUUCAUGUUUGUCCCUCGUCUUUCUUCAUCUCUCUGGAAUCGGCAUCUCCAUGAACUUUGUACUUUACGUCUACACCUGGUAUUACACCGUGUCUCUGGCCUGGUCACUUCUAUUCCUGGCCAACUCCUUUACGUCCCCUCUCCCCUGGACACAGUGUGGUCAGUGGUGGAACUCCGAGAACUGCGUCACGCCCGACCAGGCCUACCUUCUCUCAGACAACCUCACAACAACUACAUUGUUGGGAGAUCUCAACCAUAGUGAUGCGAGGUUUGCCGCCUCUGCUUUUUCCAAUGAAACAGUCAAUGUCAACGCUUCAUUUGUGGGAUCGGGUGAGGAGUUCUGGAUACGCAAUAUCUUACAACUUGUCCCGGAUUUUGAGGAGCUGGGCGAAGUCCCGUGGCAGUCAGGAGUGGCCAUCUUCAUAACCUACAUCGUGGUCGCCCUUAGUAUUCUCAAAGGAAUCCGGUCUCUAGGGAAGGUGGUGUAUGUCACAGCCACUCUCCCCUUCCUCCUACUCACCGUGUUGUUGAUAAACGGGGUCACAAAAGCUGGAGCUGUUGAUGGAAUUAUCUUCUACAUCACGCCAGAUUUCAGUUACACGUGCAUAUUGAGUUCUUUCUCCUUUUUGCUUCAUCACGUGACACACAGCAAGGUGUUAAAUCCAGAGACCUGGGUGGAGGCGAGUGUGCAGAUCUUUGCCUCACUCGGGCCGUGUUUGGGACCUCUGAUCACAAUGGCGAGCUACAACAAGUUCAACAAUGACUGUAUCAACGGUUUUGUCGGUGCGGUUCAAGUGAACAACACAAUAAUGAUACAUUUCAGAGAUUCAAUCCUCAUGGUGAUUGUGUGUGAGGGCACGAGCAUAUUCGCUGGUUUUGCCAUAUUUGCGCUACUGGGUCACAUGGCCCACAACAGACACGUUCCAGUUGCCAGUUUUGCUAGUGCGGGACCAGGUCUAGCGUUCGUGGCCUACCCAGAAGCGAUCUCCUACCUGCCAGUACCCCAGCUGUGGGCGGCUCUUUUCUUUCUCAUGCUUUUUACACUCGGAUUGGACACUGUGGUAACGUUUUUAUUGAAAUUUCAGUAUUAUUGUACAUAGGAAAAUGGGUGUUUUUGUCAAUGUAAAGAUAAUACAUUCAAACAACUGUACUUAGCAAAUUUGAUGA